AUGCAUGCAUUUUCCAAGGAACUUUAUGACACAAUGGGUGUCCGGGUCUUUAUCUUAGGAUGUUAUCUGAAGCCCGAUGGUAAUUUGGACGUCUCGACGUACGACUUCAAUCAAGAACUCGGGAAUGGGAAAGACUUUAUUGAUAACCAUAGCUGGACUUUCCAUGAGGAAGGAAUAUCGGUAUCUUCUUGGAGAGCACACAAUGAAGAAUACUAUGGGUUGGAGGAUCUUGCUUCGGCCGAAGGAGGACACCGAUCCCGGGGUGCUAUGACUUUGGAGAAGAACCUAUACCUUGAACCUAUUCUACCCGAUCCAUCGAAACCACCACUUAAAACUUCCCGUGAUAUUCGAAUUUGGCGGCUGAAUGUUCUUCGUACAUUUGUCAACCAGCACUAUAAUCUUGCAGCUGGGCAGAGUAAGGGAUCGGCUCCUUGGACGGCUAUUGGAUCAAAGCUACUUGACUUCAUUGAUCUAGAAUAUAUACCCCCGGCUUGGAGAUCAGUAAAUGGAGAAGGUAACAACUUUUACAAGUUUCUUGAUCCCUCCAAAUUCCCGAUGGAGAUGGUCACUGAAGCUCUCCAGUUUUGGUAUGAACGUCAAGAACAACACAAAGUUGCCUUUCGAUUUAAAUCCUUUCUUGAGGGGAAAAUGCUGCUGGAAGCACCUCCACGAAGGAAAAUCAAAGUUCACGUUCCUAAACCUCAUGUUCAUAGUGUUGGGAAGGGCAAGAAGCCCGGCAGAAGCAAGGGUCAAAGGAGAGGCCGGGCAGCAACCGAGUCACCGUCAGAUGAGGAAGCCAGGCCAAAGAGAAAGGAAGGGGUGGAAGAUCGGCAGUUCGAUGACAACAGUUGGAAGGAUUUGGAUGUGGACAAGCCGGCCAAGAAACGAACCGAACAGUUUUCUAAGGAUGACUGGACUCCUGAUCGGGAUGGCUCCGAUGACGAUGGAGAAGACUUGGACGUGGAGAAACCAACCAAGAAACCAACCAAACAGCAUGACGAACAUCGUGAGGAUGGCUCCGAUGAUAGUGACUCAGACUCCGAUAAUGGUCAAGAGAGGCCAAAGCAGGAUACUCUGACCGAGCCCACAGUGAAACCUAGCAGGGUCAACCCGACCUUGGAAGAGGAUAGAGACUCGGGAUCAGAUUUGGGCUCAGACGAUGCUACGAUCACUGUAGAUACCAGCCCCGAGCUUCAGCCUCGGUACAACGACACCUGGGCUCUCUCCCAUGAAGUACCAUCGGACACUGAGGUCUUGGCUGAUGAUACAUUUUGGGAAGCUGACCUGGGCUGUGGGGUGGAGUCGGCCGAUCGAGCGAAGAAGAGAAAAUUCACUGAUGAGGAGGAUACACCCUGCAAGUUUCCUCGGUUAGAGAAGGGUUACAAACUUGGCCCGAGGAGUGCCCGACCAGGCAAAGUCAAAUGCCGAGCUGCCUCAGCUGUUAUCCAAGCCACUGUCAAACCAGCUCAAGCAACCAAUCUGAGGUCGGACACAACCAAAGCUUCGAAUAGCUUUGAUUUCACUAAGUCAAGUGGUGUCAACGCAAAACGACCAGUCCCUUCAAAACAAAAGGAGUCAGAGGCCAGUCCCAGUCAGCAACCAUCUAUUGAUGUCCCCACCAAGCCAAAACCAAAACCUCGUCCUAUCAUUAAAGGCAAGGUUUCUACAGGGGAACUCGGUAUAGUAACCCGAGAACGGUCGAAAAAGAUUGCUGAAGAAAGUGUUCGUUCCACCCGGUCCAAGAAAGUUUCAUUCGUCAGUUAA